CAGAGUCUGUACGGGACAAUAAGGGGUGGGACAAGAACUGUAUACUAUCUAAAAAUAUGUAAUCUUGCCUUUAGAUCAGGACCAUAGACAGACAACAAAACACGUUCUUGCUUAAUGGGAGAGGACUGGCAGAGAGCCUUCCCUUGUGAAGCGGAAAGAGUCUGGGCUGCGUCCAAAACCGACGACGAGGGUUCGCGUUGUCGGUUCAUCAGCGCAGAUUUGGACCGAGAUGAGAUAGGCUACAGCCCGCUGUAAGUCGUCCUGUCGGGACACAGCUGCCAGUUCUUUUCCUCUUCUCUUUUUUAAAGAGGAAAAUUCCUCUCCUCUUUUCUUUUUAGAGAGGUAACUCGUUGUUGAACGGGGUAAGCAGUUUUAUUUGCUUUUGGAGCAAAGAAGGGGAAGAAACUGCGGACGAACCUUUCCCAGAAACGACUUACGGUCGUCACCAGGAUGUGAGCUCUCUCUCUCUCUCUCUCUCCCCCCCUGGAUGAAACAUCUGCCCCUGAGUCCCUUUUUUUACCCAUAGUCUUGAAAUGGAGGCAGUUGUGUUUUAAACGUACUUUUACUUACACUGGAAUACCACGGACGGACACUUUUGGUAACUUUGAUAUGGGAGACGUGCGGCUGUCAAGUUAAGAGCUGAGCAGAAAACAGGUACGGUGUAAAACAGAUGGGAAGCUCUGCUCUGCUCACAGUGGUGCUAGUUGGGGCGCUGCUGUGGAUCUCUGUUAUCCAUGCAGACUCCGAAGACGAUGGGAAGCUGCUGUGCACAUGUGAGAACGAGAAAGGCACUUGCAUGAAUGGGACUUGCAGAGGAGACGUCUGCUUCUACACCUGGGUUCGCGGCCGUGAAGAGAGGGGAUGUUUCCCCAAUCGUGUCUACAGAGAGCAGUGCUACACUUCCUUUGACCGUUUCUUUGUCCACUGCUGCAGAAAGAAUCAGUGCAACGCCUUCACCACACCACCUCCAGACAUUAAUGCGGUGACAACAAAGUCUCCAGAACCCAAUCGUCCAGAGCUGUGGAUCACGGUGUCUUUGCUGCUGUUAAUGCUGAUUGCCAGCGUGUGUGGCCUGGUGCUGUUCCUGCGCUUCCGACGAGCACACUGCAGACUGAAAGAUCGUGAAGACAAUGAUGUCACCAUGCUCAAGGUCCCUAAUGGAGAAGACCCCACAUACGGCGAUAUCUUUGAUGAGUUUUGUACAUCAGGGAGUGGGACAGGGCUGCCCUAUCUGGUCCAAAGGACUAUGGCCAGACAAAUCUCACUUGUCGAGUGUGUCGGUAAAGGCAGGUAUGGGGAAGUGUGGAGGGGAACUUGGAUGGGGGAGAGUGUUGCUGUCAAGAUCUUCUCCUCCAGGGACGAGCAGUCCUGGUUUAGAGAGACAGAGAUCUACAAUACUGUACAGCUGCGACAUGACAACAUACUGGGUUUCAUAGCCUCUGACAUGACAUCCAAGAAUUCUAGCACCCAGCUGUGGCUCGUCACCCACUUUCAUGAGCUGGGUUCGCUCUACGACUUCUUGCAGUACAGCAGCUUGGAGCCUGAGAGCUGCCUGAGGAUGUGCCUGUCUGUGGCCUGUGGCCUUGUCCACCUCCACACUGAGAUUGUAAGUUCCCAGGAGAAGCCAGCUAUCGCCCAUCGAGACCUGAAAAGCCGAAACAUCCUAGUAAAGCGGAACGGACAGUGCUGCAUUGCUGACCUAGGUUUGGCUGUGAUACACUCUCAGUCCCAUGACUACCUCGAUGUGGGCAACAACCCCCGUGUGGGGACCAAGCGCUACAUGGCCCCUGAGGUGCUGGAUGAGACUAUUCGUAUGGACAUCUUUGAGUCCUACAAGCAAACUGACAUCUGGGCACUGGGCCUGGUCUUCUGGGAAAUUACCCGCAGAACCAUAGUCAAUGGGAUCGUGGAGGAGUACCGUCCUCCCUUCUUUGACCUGGUUCCCUUAGAUCCCAGCUUUGAGGAGAUGAAGAAGGUGGUGUGUGUGGACCAGCAGAGGCCCAGUCUCCAUAACAGGCUUCAUUCCCACCCUAUCUUGUCGGCCAUUGUGAAGAUCAUGAAGGAGUGUUGGUACCAGAGCCCACAAGCCCGCCUCACAGCUCUCCGAGUGAGGAAGACGCUUUCCAAACUGGACCACGACAGUGACUUCAGCAUCGAGAAACUCAAGCGGGACGUCUAGACCGAAGCACUAGGAUAGAACAGUGAUUAUGAUAAAGAUUGAAAACGCCGGAAGGGAUUUUGCACCACAUUCCAACAGCACAAGGUGCAUAUCAUUAGCAUAUUUUGAGCUAAUGACUCACACAGUCACUGCAUUAUAUUAAAACCAUAUGACUUUGAGCAGUAGUGUCUAGACUUGCUCGCACCCAAGGCUAUUUUUUAUGCAUAGUCUAAUUUUCAUCUGCCAUAUGUCUGGUACCUCAAACCAAGAGGCCCCAACAAGAAAACUAUUAAGACCAAAACUGUUAAUCAAGCUUUUUCUUUUUGUUAUGUUAUAAUUAACCGAACAAUUCACAGGCUAUUUUACACAUACAGGCUUUUAAUCAUUAUUGUCUAAAACUCCCAUCAUCAUGACCAAAAGGAAAAUCUAGCACAGCACAAUUACUCAUCCUCUUAUCGAGAGAAGGAGAACAUCAUCCUGGUUUUUCUCCGAUUUACAGUACAAUUGCACUUACGGGGUUUUCCCAUGAUGACCAAAGUCACAGAAAGUUACAGAGAACACAAAUGAAUACAGGAAAUAUGUAAGUAGUAACAUGCUCAUACCAAAGCACAUUACUUUUUGUGAAAGCAUAUUUAACUUAUGUAGAAUGAGCAUUUAUUUUAUGCACACAGACACAUUGAGCUUUUUAGUUGUACAUAUUCUAACAGCAGGGAAGCUGUUGUCUUGUAUCACCAUUGGGUUUAUUGUAAAUAUAUUUCCAAUGGGGUAUUAUUUUCUAUUACUUAACAAUGAGACACAUUUUAUAUAAUUUUUUGUACAACACAACCUUCAAAUUAUUUUUUUACAUUUCUGUAGGCCUAAAAUGUACCAUCACCAUUACUAUGGUCAGUAAAGAAAUUCACAAACAGACGUAUAAUAUUGUGUAUGUUGAAUAAAGGAUUGUAUUUUUCAACCGC